UAGAAAUAUCAGCGAUGGGGAGUUUUUCCUCUUUCUUUUUCUCAUUGAUUCUCUUGCUAGCACUCCCAAUGAAGCCCGUGAGAGGUGCAUCACUGUACGCAGAAUCGAGGUGGGUGGUGAACGAGGGUGGAGAGAGAGUGAAGCUUGCGUGUGUGAACUGGGUGUCUCAUUUGGACACUCCGGUGGCCGAGGGACUCCAUAAACAGCCUCUUGAUGUCAUAUCCAACAAGAUCAAGUCCAUGGGCUUCAACUGCGUCAGGCUCACUUGGCCACUUUAUUUGCUCACUAACGAUUCUCUCGCUUCCCUCACCGUGAGACGCUCAUUUCAGAACCUUGGCCUCCUCGAUGUCAUUGCCGCCGUUCAAGCCAAAAACCCACACAUUAUCGAUCUUCCCCUCAUUAAAGCUUUCCAGGCGGUGGUGAAAAAUCUCGGGGACAACGACGUGAUGGUGAUUCUGGACAAUCACAGGACCGAGCCGGGGUGGUGCUGCGGAGGCACAGAUGGGAAUGGCUUCUUCGGCGACGAGCAUUUCAACCCUGACCUUUGGGUGGAAGGGCUCACCAAGAUGGCCACCUUAUUCCGUGGAGUUCCUCAUGUGGUCGCCAUGAGCUUGAGAAAUGAGCUUCGAGGCCCCCGUCAGAACGUCCCCGAUUGGUUCAAGUACAUGCAAAGUGGAGCGGAGGCAGUGCACGCGGCAAACUCGGAUGUUCUGGUGAUUCUGUCGGGGUUAAGUUUCGACACGGAUUUGUCAUUCCUUGCGGGUCGGACAACGACUCUGACAUUCAGCCGGAAACUUGUGUACGAGGCGCACUGGUACGGCUUCACAGAUGGUCAGGUUUGGGUAUCAACAAACCUAAACCAAGCCUGUGCCCGAAUAACAGGAAAUGUGAUGAGACAUUCAGGGUUUUUGCUGGGCAAAGGAUUCCCACUGUUUUUCGGCGAGUUCGGGAUCGACUUGACAGGCUCCAACCUCAACGACAUAAGGUACUUCCACUGCUUCAUGGCUCUAGCCGCCGAGCUUGACUUCGACGGGGCCUUGUGGUCUCUCGCCGGGGGCUACUACUUCAGAGAAGGAGUUGCUGGAACGACCGAGAAUUAUGGAGUUCUGGAUGCAGAGUGGGCCCAGGUUAAGAAUCCAAGUUUCUUGCAGAGAAUCUCCUCUCUCCAAGUUCCUUUUCGAGGGCCUGGGGUAUCGGGAGGCAGUCCGCAUCAAGUGAUUUUCCAUCCACUGACGGGUCUCUGCGUUUCAAGAAAGUCGGGGCCUGAAUCAUUAUCGCUGGGGCUUUGCUCAAAUUCAGAGGGAUGGAAUUACACAAACCAGCAGAUAGUGCCAAUGAAGGAUAGAAGCUCGUGCUUGCAAGCAGGGCAAGUAGGGAAGGCGGUGAAAGUAGCGGGAACAUGCUCUGCUUCGGACUCGCGAUGGGAGAUGAUCUCAGAUUCUAAGAUGCAUCUGUCAUCUAAAGUCAGCGACAAUUCCACCGUUUGUCUGGACGUGGAUUCCAACGACGUCAUUAUCACCGGUGCUUGUAAAUGCUUGAGCACCGACUCAGCAUGUGACCCCACCAGUCAAUGGUUCAAACUCGUCGACAGCACCGGGCGUUGAUUAAUUAAACACUACUUAUCCAACUCCUUCUCCUUGGUUAUUAUGCUGUGCCCAAUUUAAUGUAAUCUCGGCAUUACCUUUACAUAUCUGCUCUUUCUUUAGCCAUAUCCACACACAGUAUCCCGUACCUAUGAUUUAUAUAUGUGUUUGUAUUCAAAUUAUGUAUUUAGAGGUUCAAGCUAAAUUCUA